AUGAUCGCUUCGAAAAAAGCAUUUCUCUGUACAUUUCUCUGGAUUUUCCUUGAAAUUGGCCAAGCGAAAGUCUAUGAUUUAACAAAUGUCACGCCAAAUUUGAUCUUCAACAACGAGUCGAUCGUGAAACUUUACGAUUACGGGAGCCAUGUGUUGAUUGGUGGAAGAAACGCGAUCUACAACGUUUCUUUAAACGAGCGCGAAUUGGGGUACAGUACUCACAAAUGGAAUGCCUCGUUGACGGCGGUGGCCGAAUGCGGGAAAAUUUUCGAUGCACAGGCGGCUUGUCACAACGAUAUCCGCGUCUAUUACCCGUAUCGAAGUGGUUUUGUUCUCUGCGGCACCUAUGCGCUUAGUCCAAUGUGUGCACAGUUUGAAGAUGGAAAGCUGAUAAAGCAAUUUUCUGGACUUGGCCAAACACCUCCACAAAGCGAGCACCGAUCGAAAUUCCUUGCCACUGGAUCUCAUGUUUUUACAGCAACAGUUGCCGAUUUCUCGGCCACUGAUCCAUUAUUGUUGAGAAGGGAUUUGGAUGGAUCGAGCAGCUCACAGCUGAGAUCCCCACGACAAGGAGCCUUCGAAGAACCGGAAUUCAUCGAAAUACACUCGAAUUAUCAGGAUGUGCUCGUUUGGUUUACCGAGGCGCCGACAGACACUGAAAAGUGCGGAAUGAGGAAAGAGACACGGGUGGCCAGGGUUUGCGCGCGUGACCCGGGCGCAGCUCGUCCGCACGAGACCGAAUUCAGCUCUUUCUCGAAGGCGAGAGUCGAGUGUGCGAUCAGUGAACAACAACAGGAUACUUUAUACUUCAAUCAGCUCAAAGCCAUCAAACGAAUGGGCUCGACGCGUUUAAUCGGCGUCUUUCAAUCACAACUUGCCGGCCUUGGCGCAUCAGCUCUUUGCGAGUUCGACACCGCCGACAUCUCGAGAACUCUUCAAAGAAAAUUUGAGGGCUAUCAAAGUUCUUCUUGUCCGCGCGCUACUUCACAGGACGCCCAGCUGGCAACGAGAAGCAAUCCAAUGGUUGAAAAAAAAAUCUCUUCAAAGCCUUUCUAUUAUGCUUUUGAUGGGAAAGAUCGUUUCACCGCAUUGACGAUUGAAGAGAAUUUCGAGGACAUUGAUGGAAGGAAAAUGGAUUUGAUCUGGGUGGGCACCGAUCGGGGAAAUGUGCUGAAAUUGAUCCGCUCACCGAAUAAGACUAUUCAUGUAUCAACGAUGAAAAUCGCGAAAGAGGCAAUUCAAGAGUUGACAUUGGUGAAGAAGAAACUUCUCGUACAGAAUGGACAAAAGAACGUUCAGUGGAAUCUGAUCGCCGUCACAGGCUCCGGCGUUUAUCGAGCGCCAGCCUCUGCGUGUACACAAGUGGAUGGUUGCCUGGAGUGCACACAAAUGGGCGAUCCGAUGUGUGCCUGGAUUACGGACAAGUGUUACCCAAUCAAUGAGCAUUUGCAUCGUCGACCUUACAUGGUUCGAGAGCCGAUGAAAUGCGUGGAAACAGCUCAAAGCGUCAACUCAGCCACACAGCCAUCAACAACGAGGCGAAGAGCGAUGCCGAAAGAACUGAUUGCCUUUCGUUCACCGGAAUGCCUAUGUGAGCGACGCGAGGAAACGACUCCAUGCGGAAUUGCUGAAGUCAUUCAGAAUGAAGUUCCGUCAAGGAGUGGCUACUUACCCUGUCUUCUCUUCACAACUUUCGGUUGUUUCUUGGGCGCUUGUGCCACGUAUAUGUGCACUUGGUGGUGUCGAUCACCGAAAGAAAAGCCAUCACCAUCUCCCAUAAUCGACGCGUUUACCCAGUCGACCUCUCCAUCGAUGCAAAGCGAUAUGAGCACACGAACCGGUUAUUCAAGUCAUGGACCGUUGAUUCAAACGUCCAGCAAGCAAACAUAUUGU